AUGAAGAAGCUGUGUGCUUUCACUACUUCGUUUUUGCUUCUGAAGUUUUCUCUCAUCUUGUGCUGUUUGACAGAACCCACUUGCUUUUGGAGGAUAAAGAAUAGUGAAGAUAAUGAUGUAGAUUUCAGAAAUGAUCAUGGUUAUUACCUUUGGACACAAGAGGGACCUAUUGAAGACAAUUUGUAUAAUAAAAUGAUUGAUUUUAGAAUACCAGCAGGUUGUUACGAGUUUUUCCUGGUAAUGUUUUUUGCUACUGAUGAGAUCAGUGAGAAUCCUUAUCUUUUACCCAAUAUGUCUUUGAUGUUCACCAUCACUGUUGAAUUAAUUCAAGAUACAUUGGGACUUCUAGAGAGAGCAUAUGAACAACAAAGCAAAGGGGAGUACUUUACUAAUUAUAUCUGUGAAAAAUAUAUAAUUUGUGGUAUAGACAUUACUGGGCCAUCAUGGAAAACAUCUGCCAAACUGGCAUUUCAUUCUAGGUCUCCACAGGUUUUCUUUGGACCAUUUAAUCCUAACCUAAGUGACCAUGACCAGUUCCCCUAUGUCCUUCAGGUAGCCACCAAGGAUACAUACUUAGCCCAUGGCAUGGUUUCCUUGAUGCUUCAUUUUAGAUGGACUUGGAUAGGAGUGGUCAUCUCAGAUAAUGACCAGGGCAUUCAGUUUCUCUCAGAUUUAAGAGAAGAAAUGCAAAGGCAUGAGAUCUGUUUGGCUUUUGUGAAUGUGAUCCCAGAAACCAUGCAGAUAUACAUGACAAAGUCUACAAUAUAUGAUAAACAGAUUAUGACAUCUACAGCAAAGGUGGUUAUCAUUUAUGGUGAAAUGAACUCCACUUUAGAAGUCAGCUUUAGAAGAUGGUUAUAUUUAGCAGCUCAGAGAAUCUGGAUCACAACUUCGCAAUGGGAUGUUAUCACAAAUAAAAAGGAUUUCAGCCUUGAUUUCUUCCAUGGGACUAUCAUUUUUGCACACCACAGAGGUGAGAUGCCUAAAUUUAGGAAUUUUAUGCAAACUAUGGACACUGACAAAUACCCAGUAAACAUUUCUGAGUCUAUAUUGGGGUGGAAUUAUUUUAAUUGUUCAAUAUCUAAGAACAGAAAUAUAAUGGAACAUUUUAAAUUCAACUACACAUUGGAAUGGACAGCAAUGCACAAAUAUGACAUGGCCCUGAGUGAAGAAGGUUACAAUUUGUAUAAUGCUGUGUAUGCUGUGGCCCACACCUACCAUGAACUCAUUCUUCAACAAGUAGAGUCUCAAAUACCAGCAGAAUACAAAGGAAUAUUUCCUGACUGUCAGCAGGUGUCUUCCUUGCUGAAGACCAGGGUGUUUACUAACCCUGUUGGAGAACUGGUGAACAUGAAUCAUAGGGAAAAUCAGUGUGCAGAGUAUGACAUUUUCCUCAUUUGGAAUUUUCCACAAGGAUUUGGAUUAAAAGUGAAAAUAGGAAGCUAUUUUCCUUGCUUCACACAGAUGCAACAACUUCACAUAUUUGAAGAUGUGGAAUGGGCCCCAGGAGGAACUCCGGUUCCUUCCUCCUUGUGUAGUGUGCCAUGUACUGCUGGAUUUAGGAAAGUUCAUCAGAAUGAAACGGCAGAGUGCUGCUUUGAUUGUGUUCAGUGCCCAGAAAAUGAGGUUUCCAAUGGAACAGAUAUGGAACAAUGUGUGAGGUGUCCAGAUGAUAACUAUGCCAACUUGGAGCAAACCCACUGCCUCCAAAGGGCUGUGUCAUUUCUGGCUUAUGAAGAUCCAUUGGGGCUUGCUCUCGGCUCCACUGCUCUGUCCUUCUCAGUGAUCACAAUUCUAGUAUUCUUCACUUUUAUAAAGUACAAGGAUGCUCCUAUCGUGAAGGCCAAUAAUCUCAUUCUCAGCUACAUCCUGCUCAUCUCUCUAUUUUUCUGUUUUCUCUGCUCAUUGCUUUUCAUUGGACAUCCCGACCAGGCCACCUGCAUCCUGCAACAGACCACAUUUGGGAUAUUUUUCACUGUGGCUGUUUCUACAGUGUUGGCCAAAACAAUAACUGUGGUCAUGGCUUUCAAGAUCACUACUCCAGGAAGCAGAAUGAGAGGGGUGCUGACAUCAGGGGCACCAAACUUGGUCAUUCCCAUUUGUACCCUGAUCCAACUUGUAUUGUGUGGAAUCUGGUUGGUAACAUCUCCUCCAUUUAUUGACAGGGAUAUACAAUCUGAACAUGGGAAGACUGUCAUUAUUUGCAACAAAGGCUCAGUCAUUGCCUUCCAUGUUGUUCUGGGAUAUUUGGGUUCCUUGGCUCUGGGGAGCUUCAUUGUGGCUUUCCUGUCUAGGAACCUUCCUGACAGAUUCAAUGAAGCCAAGUACCUAACUUUCAGCAUGCUGGUGUUCUGCAGUGUCUGGAUCACCUUCCUUCCUGUCUACCACAGCACCAGAGGGAAGAUCAUGGUAGUUGUGGAGGUCUUUUCCAUCUUGUCUUCUAGUGCAGGGUUGCUAGGGUGUAUUUUUGUCCCAAAGUGUUAUGUUAUUUUAGUUAGACCAGAUUCAAAUAGUACACAGAAGUACAAAGAUGAAGUGCUCCAUUGA